CCGGACAGCAUAUUGGCGACGAGGAUCCACCUUCGAGAAGAGUUUCAUCUGUCAUCUGAGUGUCCCACGUGUCGUUGAGAAGGUUAGAUCACAGCAUCCAUCAUGGCAGAGGCGCCGCCACUCAUCAUUGUCGCGCCUACUGUACCCGUCCCGGAUGCAUACGAUCCUGCAUCAGUGUCAAUGGACGGAUGGCUACAAGUAUUUAGCGAGUUCUGCCGCUUGUCCAACAUCCUAGCGGAACCGGCCGAACCCCCCGCUGGACAGCCAAACCCCGUCAACAACAGGCGGUCAUGGUUUCUCAAAUGCAUCGGUCAACGUAACUUUGAAAUCUUACGUAUGGCUAGUCUGCCCCUGUUGCCAAAUGAGAGGUCGAUCCCUUUCCAUGUCCAACGACUAAAGGAGCGUUUUGAAUCUCCUCAAUUGGUCCCUGUCAUGAGAAUGGAGUUCAAUGGUCGUACUCAGAAACCCAAUGAGUCCAUCCACGAGUACAUCGCGUCGCUGCAAGACUUGGCGAGCAAGUGUAACUUCGGCAACAACCUGAACGAGAUGUUACGUGACCAACUAGUGCGCGGGAUCAGGAGCGACGAAUGUCGUCGCAAACUACUUGCAGAAGUUGACCUUGAGUUUGCUAAUGCCAAGAACAUUGCUAUCCAGGACGAGUCAAUCCGGAGGCAGUCCCAGGCUCUGGCGAACGCUGUACACGUCGGCCGGGUGAACAGUCAACCCAAACCCCGUGCCAAGAAGCCGCAGAACCCCAACUCCAGUCCGACUACCAGUCGUCAGUCCAGCAGCAAUCAACGGCGUGGUCAAGGUCAGUCAACAAGUCAAGGCCAACGUCAGUCUCCGAGUCAAGGUCAGCGUCCCAAGUUUGGUCCUUGCCGACGGUGUGGUCGGAAGCACAAUUGCCACACCUGCCCCGCACGGAACUGGAAAUGUUUCAAGUGCAACCUAAUGGGCCAUACGAGUAAAUACUGCCCGAGCGAUCGUGUCAACUCAGUGGGAACAGAGGAGCCUAAGCAAGAGUCUCAGUCUGGGCCUCAGACGGAGUUAAUUGAGCAAGAAGUGCAAAACGUCUUCAAGCUCCGCUCCUUCUGUUAA